AUGAAACAGAAUAAUUGUAAAAUAAAGGACAUAUAUUCUGAAAAACUCAUACAGCCUCUCUACGAUUUCCAAAAAUACCAUCUCAAAGUAACUUUCAAUAUCAAUCUACUCUAGAAUCCUAAUAAAUAGACCCCUCCUCACAAACCUUUAGAUAAAUAGAUUGCGAAUAAAACUGUCUCUCAAUUUUAUAACCAACAAGCCUUUCUAUAAAAACAUAAGACCAACCAGCAACUUCUGCUUUAAAUCCUUUAGCCAUCUUAACAUAAAUUGCAUAAAAAGGAAUAUCCUAAAAUCGUUGUUGAUCAAAAAAAUAUUAGCGAAUAAAACACUUGCAAAGUUAUUAAAAUUAAUAGUUAACCAUUAGUCGAUGAUAGAAAAAAGUAAGAAAAAGACAAUAGAAAAUAAAUAAGUGAAGUAGUUUUAAUGUAAAAAUAUCACACUACACGAUUGAUUGAGCAAUAAGAUCAAAAGACUAACUCCAUUCUCAAUAAAUUGACAAAUAAUAAAUUUAAUAAAAGCAGAUACAGCAAUCUCAACUUUCUGUAAUCAAUAAAUAAAUACUCCAAAUUCAUAAUAUUUGUAAUACAAAAAUUUGACUUGUUUGGUGUCAAACACUCUUCUUCCUUUAUUGGGAAAAAUCCUCCAACAUAUUAGUGCUCAUUCUAUUCAGACCAAAAGUUGCUAUACAAAAGCAAACCUUUUGAAUAUAAUGAAUUUCUAGAAUCUAUUAUAGGAUUUCAGUGUUAAGAAUUUACAUCCAUCUAUGUUGUGAUUGAAAAGAUUAAACAAAAUGAAUAAUUUUAAGUCGGAUAGGUUAUCUAUAUUGAAAGUUAUUCUCAUAUUACAAAUACACCUCUGAAGGAGAAUAUAAUCAUCAAGGUUAGUGAUGAGAUAGACGGUGAAAUAAAGAAGACUAUAUCUGAUGAAUAAGUUACAGUUGGAAUAUUACAAUACAAAGUAUUAUAAUUAUGCCAGCAAAACAAUUAAAACAAGUUGUAAGUUCCUUAAGCUUCUUAUGCGAUACAAAUUUAACAGUCAACUCCUCGACAUUCUGCAACCUAGAUUGAAAACAAUGUUUCUACAUAAUUAAAAUGA